CACCCGAGCCUCUCCACCGCGAACGCUGCGGCUUUAAGGAGGCGGUCGGGGCGUGUGCCCGGCCCGUCAUGCCGCUCGGGGGGCCGGGCCGCUGCCGAGUGCCGGCGGUGCCGCCAUGUACCGCCUGUGCCGGCUGUCCCUGUCGCUGUCCCCGUCGCUGUCCCCGCUGCUGUCCCCGGUGCCCCCGCGCUGCGCCCCCCGCCCCGCCUGGGCCGCGCUCCCGCCGGGGCCGGGCCCGCGCCGCGCCAGCGCCAAGGAUGCAGGUGAACCCCUCAAAAAGACAGCCAAUGAUCUCAGUGCUGAAAACAAGAAACUCAACAAGUCCCAGCAGCUGAAACAAAUUUUUAAAGAAUAUGGUGCUGUCGGGGUUUCCUUCCAUGUUGGAAUUUCCUUAGUAUCUCUGGGAAUCUUCUACCUGGCUGUGUCAAGCGGCGUGGACGUGAGCGCGGUGCUGCUCCGGCUGGGUUUCAGCGAGGCGUCCCUGCAGUCCCGGGUGGCAGCAGGCACCAGCACCUUCGUGCUGGCCUACGCCGUGCACAAGCUCUUCGCCCCCGUGCGCAUCAGCAUCACCGUGGUGUCCGUGCCCUUCCUCGUGCGCUACUGCCGCAAGGCCGGCCUCUUCAAACCCCCCGCCUCCAGCCCCUGAGCCCCCUGCCUCCUCCUGCUCCACGGGCUCUUCGGGUGCAAAGCUUCCUUCAGACACUGCUCUGGGCUCAGGUUGAUCUCAUCCCGCGUUUCUUGCUGGUUCUUUCAGGUAAAUGUCGCUGGGAAAAGUGCUGUCCUUGUGUCCUUCCCCUUUUGCCACUUAUUCUUAGGAGAAACCUGUUCAAACGGGCUCUGGUUUGCACUUCAGGUGGGAACAUAAGUGCUUGACAACGAGCACAGUUCUGGGUCUUUGUAAUCCAGCUUUUGGAGCCUUCAUUUUUUUUCUUUUCAAAACAGAAUCAUAGCAUUCAUUUAUUACUGAGUAGCUACUUUUUACUGAGUAUUACUCAGUAGCUAAGAAACUGAGAUUCUCUUUCCAGCAGAACAAACAUCUCACUACCUGGGUAAUUCUCUUGAUAUUGGAAUCUAAACUGGCAGGUGGGUGUUUCUUUUGCUAGAAGAGGCUUUUAUUAUAGUCCUUGCAGUACAACACAGGCACUGAAAUCCCUUCAGUAGGAGUAUCCUUGUGAUUAAUUAUUGAAGUCAUAAUUGGUUUAGUCACAAUAGGUGAAGCACUGUUCUAAAACUACGUGCAGUGCUUCCAUAGUCCAAGAUUUUAUUGUUUGAAAAUGUGCCAGCUUUACUAAAGUCCUUUUGUUUUUUAAAUAUCUGUAGACUCAGAAGAAAUCCUGAGUCUGCUGUAAUCAAUGUAACCAGAAUUACCUAUGUAAAUACUCCAAAGAGCAUCAAGGCAGGGAGAAGCUGGAGGGUUUGAAUAUUUUGAAAUCUGGAUUUGUACUGGAAACACACUUUGUUUUUUAAACUUCAAACUCACCCAAGCAGCUUUCUUCUCCUGUGUGUGUAACUCCAAUCUGCACCUGAAGUCCAAACAUUGCAAUUCUCAGCUUCCCAGGAAGAAUUCCUGUGCUUUGGGCUGAGACUGGUGAGUGUAGCAGUGAUCACACACAACUCUGAUUUAACUCAGAGCAGGAAAACAGCCUGAUGCUUUUGAUUUCUGCUAAAGUUUAGUAAAUAGAGGAAGAAAGGGUGGAGUUUUGAUGAGAGUUGGCUGAGGGAGGAAAGGAGGAGCAAAUAACUUCCUGUUAUGAGCAGCCUCUUGCCUCAUCUCAGCCAGAACAUUAAAUUGCACCUUAACUCCUUCCCCCCAUAAAGUCCCAGGUUUCAUCUGGACCAAGGAUAAGAAUUCCAAAAUAACUCCGAGGCAGCUUUGUUUACGUCAGUUCAAAUAAUUUCUAAGCAGCAUGUUUUGUCUUAAAUGCAAUAGAGAAGGAAUAUUCAAAGGUUCUUUUUCAAUACCAUAUGUAAAGCUGAAGUAAUUUAAAAUAAAUGUACCUAAAAGUCAGUAGAAGGCACCAGCACUAAAGUUUUCUUGCUGUAAAGAAACAGCUUCAUAUAAAUUAUGGCUAGAAUUCUGAUUACUUAUAUGGCUGUAUAAACUACUGGCAGUUUGUUUAGAUAAAGUUUUUUUGCAAAGUAUAUUUUAACUUAAUUCGAGAAUAUAUUUUGAAUUCUGGAAUCCUUGCUUGUAGAAGGAUCAUUUUUUAAAAUUGUAAAAUAGCAAAGUCUUAUUCUAAAAAGAUAAUAAACUGCUUUCUCUUA